UCUCCCUCUAUCGCUGUACGGAAUGAAUUCAAUCAAAAAUGGAACAUAAGGAGUCGAAGGAAGAGAACACAUUUGCAGAAGAUGGAGAAGAAGAUUUCACAGAUGUAAAAGAAGAUUUCACAGAUGGAGAAGAAGAUUUCACAGAUGCAGGACAGGACACUGAUGUCACCGAUGCAUUUGAACAUUGUCUGCAUGUCGCAGAUACAGUUGUUGCUGAGCAGGCCGAUGCCAAUGAAGAAGCUAGUGAUACAGAGUCCGAAGAUAAAUAUGGGCUACAACAAAAAAUAUUUGUGGGGAAUGUCGGAUAUAGGGUUAGCUGGCAUCAACUGAAAGAUUUCUUCUAUAAGUUUGGAAAGGUUACAUACACCCAUGUAGUGAAGGAUCAUUUGAAGAAGAGGCCCAGAGGGAUAGCAUUCGUGUCAUUCGCCACCAAGGAGGAGGCAGACAGUGCUCUACAGGCAUCGAGGGAUGAGCUGGUGUUGGAGGGGAGGAAUUUACGAGUUCACCGAGCAGAAGAAUCGAAGAGGACAACAUUCAAGAAGUUCACUGGAAUCCCUGCUUUGACAACUGAAGCUGGCGAUACAACCAAGUCCACAGUCUCGGAGACCGACGGUCAGUCUGACCCAAACAUGGUGCCAUCUAGCACUGGGAUAAACGUGAAUGACCUUUAUGAUGAGCUCCUGCUUUACAUCAUGGGCUUCCUGUCGAUCAAAGAGUGGAUAACUCUAGAGAGAGUGUGUCAUCGCUGGCGCCAUCUCAGCCACCAGACCUGGUCUACUUUGAAGUCAAUUGACUUCAGGAACAUCUUCAAGAGAUUUGGAGGUGUGACAGACAAGAUACUGCAGUCGGUGCUUCAGAAAUGUGGAUCCAACCUGGUGUCCCUGGAUCUGUCUGCAUCCCCCCGACUUCUCACGGACUUUGCCCCUGACAUUAUAGGCCACUUUUGCCCUAACCUGACCUAUCUGGACCUAUCAGGUGUGGCAGCCACCAAUAGAUCACUCAAAAAUCUGACAACAGAGUGCAGUAAACUGAAGGUGAUAAAACUACAAAGAUGCAACCAUGUUGGAGAGAAAGGCCUUUGGUGGGUCCUCCAUCACUGCAAGGAGCUUGAGGAGAUAGAUAUGGAGUCGAACAGUAUGAUUACUGGCAAGUGUUUCCACAUGGCCGGGCCGAAGAUAAAAGCCCUUCAUCUGACUGGCUGCAGCUUUCUGAGCGACACAGCUAUCUUCAAGUUGGCAGAGUUAUGUCCCCUUAUUGAGGAGCUCCACCUACGGUCUAGUGUCUACCUCACGGACAGCGCCAUCGAGAUUCUGGGCACGAGUUUCCCUAACAUGAGAGUCUUGGCGGCAACAGAUUCAUAUCCAGAAACGUCUCUCUUAGGUUGGAGUGCUCUGGGACACUCGGCCAACCUGGUUGAGCUGGACUUGUCCAAGAACGUCUCUGUUGGGGAUUCAACCCUCGCUGCCAUCUCUGUCGGCUGUCUGCAACUCAGGACACUUGACAUCAGCAGCUGUCAUCGGAACAUGACGGAUGCCGGCAUUCUUGCCUUGGCCCAGCUCCCUGUUCUGGAGAACCUCGACAUCAGCUACCUACGCAUGAUUCAUGAUGAGAGUCUUGAGCUGAUCGCCAUCAAUGGCUGCCUCAAGAAGUUAACAGCUCAAGCCUGUGGAGAACUCACAGACAGUAGUAUUAUAAGUGUUGCUAAACAUUGUCCUUGGCUGCUUCACCUUGACAUCAGCGGCAACAUCUGUAUGACCAACCACAUUCUCCUUGCCUUCAUCAAAGCUGUGAAACGGUCCAACAGGAGGAUUGUCCUACAUGCAGGAGGAACCAGCAUGCUGCCGAGGAAGGUCUGGUUGCCGGCAUGUCUGGAGGUCAGCCUGAUGGAUCUGUCCAAGGACUAUCUCCGUGCCAACCUAGAAGAGCUGUUUCCAGAGCUGUAUGAAGUGGAGGUCUGGGAUGGGGGCGGGGAGUACUGGGACCAGGAUGGGGAGGACCGACCAGACCCUGCAGGUGACCAGGAUGGGGAGGACCGACCAGACCCUGCAGGUAAUUUCAGACCAGCCGGUGAGGAGAUCGGAGAAUGCCCUUGGGAGGAGGAGUUUGCCGACAUGUGUAAUGACUUCUUUGACAAUGACGACCCUCUCCAUGAGGAAUUGUGGGACCUAGGGUGACAGUUGCCAUAGCGAUGUUACCUACCCAGGAAUCGGCAGCUCAAGCCAAGACUGCAAGGCCAGUCCCUGGCAUCACACAGAGAUUCUGUGACACAUUAUUGACAGUUAGUUCAGAGAGUUACAUAUUUGACAUGAAGCUAGACAUGGACUUGAAAACACUGAGUGAGUGAGUGAGUUUAGUUUUAAAUAAUAGAGUCUCGACCAGACAAUCCAGUGAUCAACAACAUGAGCAUCCAUCUGUGCAAUUGGGAACUGAUGACGUGUCAACCAAGCCAGCAAGCCUGACCACCUGACCACCUGUUAGCUGCCUCUUACGGCAAGUACGGGUUACUGAAGAUCAAUUCUAACCCGAAUCUUCACGGGCUGCUUGAAAACAGACAUUUGUACAACUUGUUAGCUGGGAUAGUGGCACUGAUAUUGUCUUCUUUUAAGGGAGACAAGUUAGGAUGGAGAUUCUUUAUACUCAAGAAGGUUCUAAGUGUGUGUGUGACUGAGGGGCGUGUAAUUCCACUUUAACAAUAUUCACGUUAUUAUUAGAGCCUCUCAGAAACAUCAGGAAACAGCUUGUAGACAGCGUGAGUGACAUAUAUGACUAAACUUCUUCUCAGCGAUAGAUCUUUGUUACCUUUCCACUGCCAUCCUGCAUCAGAGUGUGAAUUCUCAAUUACAACAAUCUACCUCACAUGGGUGAAAUGUAAAUUUGGGGGCUUUGGGAACUCUAUUGGAACAAAGUGGAGAAAGAUUUAUGAAUAAUUUACUGUUUCCCAGAUGAAUUUUCGUUUGUUAGUUUAAUCAUAUUAAACUGAUAUUUCUGAUUGCCAGACAUUUUAUCUGAACAACUUGAAUGUUGAAAUGAAGUAGAUAUUCAAAUUGAAAUAAAUUAUGUUGUUUUCUUGAA